GAUCGCUAGGACCAAAAAAUUUGUGUUUGAUGUAUAAAAAGUGGUGUGAUCGGUAACUUUUACCAUAGAAACAGGGCCUUAAUCAAAAGAUAUUACAUCAAUUGCAUAUUUAACAAUGAGAAUAAAGGGAGUUUUGAAGGAAAAGAAUUAGGAUAAGCUGUACUGUUUAUUUAUUGUUUGCGCAACCCUGGACUGAGGACCUACUCUUCUUUGGUAGCACGUGAUGAACAUGAUGAGAUUAUAUUUUGCCUGAGGAGAAGGACAAACGAUUUCUCAAGAGAUGGACCGAAGCUUCGUAACAAGGACAAUAAAUUCAUCAUGAUUUUCGUGCACAGCCCAAGCUCGGCCAUGCACGGCGCAAUUAAAAGCGGCAACUGGAGUUUGAUCCGAGAUCUGCGAGACGACGGCCAAGUGUUUUGCACCGGGGUCGGUCUCAACUGCUUCAUCUUGGCAUCUUUGCAAGUCCACCUGCCCUCGGACGGCUGCUGCAAAUUGGUGGCAAAAAUGCUUCAAGUUGAGCCCGGUGGAGUUCAGGCAAGGGCUGAGGACGGCUCAACAAUUUUGAUGAAGUUUCUCACAAACAAGGAGAUGAUUGAGUUUCUCGUCGCAAAGGGAUGUGAUAUUGACGCUUGUGAUAAUUCCGGAAACAGUGUCCUGAUGCAGUGCUUCCUUUCCCCAAGUCAAAGUCCUGAGGCGUUCACGUGCCUCCUCGAGCUGGGGGCUGAACCGACCCUUUCGAAGGAAGAGGCCGGGCCGGUCAAGUUUUUAAACUUGCUGCUGAAACAACACCACAGCUAUCCCAAGUGCGCUCUGAAGGACACCUCGGGUCAAAUGAUAGUGUCCGUGUUGACCUCGCAGCCGCCGGGGUUCUUCUCGCAGGCCGAGGUGAAAACAAAACACCCGUGGGAGAUCUUCCUGGCGCACACCGACGACCUGCAAAGUUGUUCCUUCCAAAGUCUGUUCCUGGCCCUGGCCGAGACGUUCAGGCCGACCAGAAAUUACCAGCCGUUCCUUUCCAUGUCCAACAUUCCCUCGAAAGCCGAACAACUGCACCACGGAGUCCAGCAACUGUGGGACCAAAAGUUGCAAAUGCUCAAGACCAACUGGCCCCUCCACCUGGAGCCGAUGGGCCUUUUCCUCUACUCGCUCCGGUUCAAAGACAUGCAGGCCGAGGAUUUCGCCGUCGCUCUCAAUCUCCUCAGGGUUUUGUACGACAACGGCUACAACCACCCCUACAGCAAAUUCGUCAUCCACCCUCUGUCGGCCUUGAUCAUGAACACGCUUUUCGCCCGGUUUCAACGAAUCUCCUCCAAUCUCGGGGAAAACUCUUCUUCCAAAAGCUUUCAAUUCCUGCACCAGUGCAUCAUUCUGUUCAAAGAUUCGCAAAUCCCUUGGGAUUCGCUGAAGAAGCGUGAACUUGUCGUUGCUUUGCUGCAAAUUUGUCCUCCGGCGAGCAAAGACCUUGUCAAGGAGUCCAUCUUCGAGUUGAUGAAACUCAACCCCAGCCACCCCGUCCUGCAGAUGAUGUCCAUGCUCAGCCCCAAUCCCCAACACCCCCAUUUGACUCUAAAAGAGACGGAAAAAACCUUUCUUGUCCAAUGCGCCAAAGACUGUUUCGCGAAACAGGGAUUGGCCAGAAUGGGAGGUCUGCUCGACCCAAGCCAUUUGCAGGUCGAAUUUCUCGAGGCUGGAGAUGUUUGUCUCAAGUACAUGGUCAACCUCUGCAAGGCCAGAACAAAAUUCAUUUGCUCGCUGAAGGAUCUGAGCCGGUGGGCGCUUCGAGAGGCAAUUCACUCCAAGAUGACCAACAAGAAUUUCCCGCUGCCUGCCUACAUCAAAAGACUCGCUGAAAGCAAUUUGAUUCCGACCACUUUGCAGCCUUAUCUCCUCCUCGACUGAUCGAAUUGUUGUCAUAUUUUUUUUUAUUAGACUAAUAAAUAAAAGGCGGAUAUUUACGAAAG